GCUAUACAGGAAGGAAAUUGACCAACACGUGAGGGCUUCUGCUAAGAGGCAGCUGCAGAAGGCGUUGGUAGCUCACGCUUCGGUGUGGUCAUGUUCCUCCAGUACUACCUCAACGAGCAGGGAGACCGGGUCUACACGCUGAAGAAGCUUGAUCCUGUGGGACAGCAGACCUGCUCGGCCCACCCUGCUAGGUUCUCUCCAGACGACAAAUACUCUCGACACCGAAUCACCAUCAAGAAACGCUUCAAGGUGCUCAUGACCCAGCAACCGCGCCCCGUCCUCUGAGGAUCUCUUAAAAUUUCAUCUCUUCUGCUGCCUGCUAGCCUCAGGAGACUUUCUGAAACCAAGCUCUUCAGUCUGUGAUCCUUGAAGUCUUGCUACGACCCUUGCUCCUUGAAUCCAGUCUCCUCCUUGCCUUUGAUCAUGCUUGUUGUGAGGCAGUGGUGGUAGCAUCCCCUUUAAAGGGAAGAUGUUUGAGUCUUUUCAUACUUUGAAUCACUGCCAGGUUAUUAAAAUGAUUUGAAAGCUC